GUAUAUAUCUUAUUCUCCUUUUCAUCCGGGCAUUCGGUCGCCGGUGCAAGAUGGCUUCUUUUAGGUUUGCUGCUGCUGCUGUACGGCAAUUCAGCACAUCGGCAGCCAGGAAUGGGGAGAUUGUACAGGCUCCAAUUCAAGUGUUUGGUAUAGAAGGACGUUAUGCACAUGCUUUGUACUCAGCUGCUGUGAAGCAGAAGAAGUUGGAUGCAGUUGACAAGGACAUGCAGACAGUUCAGAAAUUAAUAAAGUCAGAUACCAAAUUUGCUGAGUUUUUGCAUAGCCCUUUACUAAAGAGGUCUGCUAAAACGGAGUCAUUAAGUGCCCUCCUAAAGAAACAGGGAUUUACAGACAUUUCUGUAAAUUUCUUUGAGACACUAGGAGAAAAUGGAAGGUUGGCAGAAACAACUGGAAUAGUUGAAGCCUUUUUGAAAAUCACAAGUGCAGAAAAGGGAGAAGUGAUGUGCAAGGUCACAACAGCACAGGUAUGGUAUUGAAUUAUAUCAUUAAGG